AAGGCAACCAGCGUGCGAUGUCCACGGUGCUUAACACUGACAAUUGUGCACUCAGUAAAUUUCAUCAGUCUACUAAAAGGUUAACAGAUCGAGCGGUGGAGAGGGUUCAGCGUUUGCGAGCUGAGACAAUGGAAAGAGCAAAAGAAGGAAGAGCCCGUACGGUAGAAGAUAAGCGACAUGCAAGCAUGUUGGCGAUUGAGGGGAACAGUGUGGGGGAAACCUUCGAAGAACUGAAAGAGGUUGGAGAGAAGAAUGAACAGUUAAAGGAGAAGAAAGAAGAAAAUAUAGAAGAGAAGGAAAAAGAUGAUAAGGUUAAUGAAGGACAAGAAUGUGAUGCGGGUAAGAAAAAGAAUGAGAAGAUGAGGAAGAGGGGGGCGACGAGGAGUAGAAAGAGGAUAAAGUCUGAGAAUAUGAGGAGUUUGAAUCCAUCAACGUCGAUUGGGGUGAUUACUAUGUCCUUCCCCAAACGAUCAUCAGACAGUUUCUAGAAAAAGAUCUUCCUAGGCUCACAAACAAACGGACAAGACAGUUUACUGCUGUGAGAUGGUUGAAAAGGUGAAAUGGAGCCAUUACUGUUGUGCGUACAUUAGAACUAUGCUUGCGUUUUUUAGGUUUAUUUUAUCUUUCUUUUUUUUUUUGAAUAUGUCCAUUGUAUAUGCAUGAAUCUAUCCAGCUUUAAAAAAAACAUGAUAUUGGAAAAAUAGCAGCGAUAACUUGGGAUAAGCCAGUAAAUCUGCCCCCACCUCCCACGAACGCACAGACAAACGGACACACACAUAUAACAUACUCACACGUUGAGCCACGUAAUUAAUAAGUAGCACUUACAAAAACAUUUUUAGAUUAUGUCGUCAUGAAAUUUGUAUACAAGUUACGAAUUAAAUGCAUGUAGGGAUAGUGAAAUUAGCAUUAGGAUGCAAACUGUUUUUCUGUUGCCUCAGGGCUAAUUAGUUACAGCAUGUUGUAUACUUUGUAUACACUUUUAAUGAUUUUUAAUUGAUUGUACAAUUUGUAUUAAU